GGUUGUGCAAAGAUGAAAAGAAAUGCAGAGAAGAAGCUGGAGCAGCCAUGGUCGUCCACCCCCGCUCGCACGCCGUCUGCCCCACGCCGCCCGCGUGCCUCACCGCUCGCCCUACCUGCUCACAUCUCCAUCUCUCUCCUCCAUUCCCUUGCUGUUCAACACCCCUACAAGUUAAAGACCGACGAAGCCAGCUCGUCGUUGAGGCCUCACCGCCACGCACCGCAGCCAAAGUCACUGUCGCCGCUCGCCGUCUCGCGCUCCGCCGCUGCCAGCACUCGCCCACGCUUGGCCGACGCCCAAUUGCGUCUCAGCCUCGGUCCAUGCGUUCCAAGAGUCGCCGGAGCUCGUCUCCACCGCCGUGAGCCGCCGUGUACCCCCGCCUCAGCCCGCCGAGACUCCCUUAGCCCCUCUCGACCCUUGCUCACCUCAACCGGCGCUGGAUCUACCCUUCCUCGGCCUCAAACCGCGAUGGACAGCAGCUGGAAAAAAUGGGUCCCUGGUGGACGGAGUGGGCAUAUAACUUUGGUUGACUUGAGAAGUUGUCAAGGUGAAGUCAUAAAGAUUGGAGAAAGUGUCAAACUUGUAAGUCGUAGGACAAUUCCUUUUUAAGAGCCGGUCUUUUGUAGACUCUUGGCC